GUACUUUUUUAAGUACUGCAUAUGAGCAAAAUGUCUAUGAAAAGGCUCUCGCUUCUGCUGCUGCUUCAGCUGACUUGCUACUUUAGCUCUGGGAGUUGUGGAAAGGUGCUGGUGUGGCCAGUGGAAUUUAGUCACUGGAUGAAUAUGAAGGCGAUUCUGGAUGAACUGGUCAUGAGGGGUCAUGAGGUGACUGUUCUAAUAUCUUCAGCUUCCACUAUUACUGAUGCCAACAAACCAUCUGCUUUUAAGUUUGAGAUUUUCCCUGUAUCUUUAACUAAAGAUGAUUUUGAAAAUGCUGUCAAGAAUUUAAUUGAGAAAUGGACAUAUAUGGCAAAAAAUUCAUUUUGGACAAAUGUUUCAUCAUUUAGAGAAUUGAGAAGCUUACUUUUUGAAUUUUCUGGAAUGCUUAUGAAGAUCUGUAAAGAAGUUGUUUUGAACAAGAAAGUUAUGACAAAGCUACAGGAAUCAAGGUUUGAUGUCCUUCUUGCAGAUGCUGUUGGACCCUGUGGUGAGCUGCUGACUGAGAUACUUGGAAUACCUUUAGUGUACAGUCUCCGCUUUUCGCCUGGCUAUUGGUUUGAAAAGUAUAGUGGAAAACUUCCAUUUCCACCAUCCUAUGUGCCUGUUAUAUUUUCAGCAUUAAGUGAUCACAUGACAUUCAUGGAAAGGGUAAAAAAUAUGAUAUAUGUACUUUAUUUUGACUUCUGGUUCCAGACAUUUGAUGAGAAGGCAUGGGAUGAAUUUUACAGUGAAGUGCUAGGAAGACCCACUACAUUUUUAGAGACAAUUGGGAAAGCUGAUAUGUGGCUCAUUCGAACCUAUUGGGAUUUUGAAUUUCCUCGCCCAGUGCUGCCAAAUUUUGAAUUUGUUGGAGGCCUCCACUGCAAACCUGCCAAACCCCUGCCUAAGGUCACCUACUCUUCUUUGUUGUGCUUUGUUAACUUUGCAUUUUUGAUAAGAAUAAUCUUACAUAAUUCUGGAAUUUUGAUUACAGUAAAUCAUAUAUGGGAAGCUGGAUAAAGUGACCUUCCAGUUAGAAACUGAUAUAUUUCCAUACCAACACAAGUACCUGAAUUUCAUUAUCAUCGCAGACUUUGAGAGAGACUCAAAGUCUCAUGGGAGACUUUGAGACUAUGUUAGUUAAAUUAAGGCCUUGAUAAUCCAGUGCAUAAUAGAGAAUCAAAUAUUCAUUAAAGAAUAAUUAAAAAGGGACAAGCAUAGUCCAGAAAUAAGUGCUAACAUGCAGAGGAAUGGUGUGGACACACUUUCUGCCACCUGACACUCUACCUAGAAAGACAGAAUGAAAGCAAGUAAUAAAAUGUGUUACAAAAAGGAAAG